AUGCCACGCAAACGAAAAGGGCCCAAGCGCGAGCCUUCAGAAGGCAGCGGUGAGCCUUCCGCAGCGCCGGCGAAUGCUGCAGCAACCACCUCCGUCACGCCCGCACCCGCCGAACUGCGACGACUGCCGUCCGAAUCUCGCACCGCCGACCUGGACGCUUUGGCAUCAACACACAAACGUGCAAGAUUCCUCUCGGAAGCAGAGGAGGAUCGUCUCGGCAAGAUUGUCGGUCUCGAUCGCUGGCUCGAAGCUAUCGGGCACGGACGCGGCGCCGCCGUCUGCAUCUGUGGCGAGGUCAAAGCCGUCACGCCGCCGUCCCAACCCGGGCCCGUCCUCCGCCUCGAACUCAUCACCAUCGAAGCCGACGGAUCCACGCUCGGCGGUCGUCUCGAGGCGAGAUUCCAUGCCGACCUCGCCCAAAAGGUCGCCGAACCGCUUUUGCUGCUCCACAGAAUCGCACCUCCCACUUUUGUCUACCUCUCCGGAUUCGCUGCUCUGCGCACAUCGCCGCUUGACCGCGGCGUCGACUUUACCACCAACCAUGCCGUCCUCAAGAUCUCCAGUCAGCCUCCCUCCUCCAACCUCACCGCUCCCACCUCGGCCAUCUGGGUCGAACAACUCGCCACUCCUUCGGCCCCGGCACCCUCCCCCCUCGACACUCCCAACGGCGGGCUCGCGCCCAACCCAUCCAGUCAAACGAGCGACUGGUUCUCCACCCCAGCCCCUCAACAGCAAAAUACAGACGGCCUCUCGACCCUCCCGCCGCCGCCCCCGCAACCUCGUCCGCCGCUUCAGACGUCUUCCAGCGCCGUCACAACGCGCCCACCUGCGACCGUCAAAAGCGAAGCUCUCCAGCGAUCUUCGUCUUCACCCAACCCUGCUCGCGCGUCAUCGUCGCGACCGGUCUCGGCGGCUCCGACCGCCCCUCAUCGCAACGCACCGCACGUCAAGCCGCGUCGCAUGGGUAAUUGCCUCUACACGCCCAUCACCAUGGUGCGCGACGGCGAGCGCGCCAGCUUCAUCGGCGUCGUCGUCGCAGCUGGCGAUCCACGCAGGUCCACCGGCGGCACACGCGACCUCAGCAUCAAAGUCACCAUCGCCGACGCCUCGUGCCUCUCGGGCACCGGUUAUGCCAAGGAGCUCGCACGCUCCAUGACCGUCAUGCUCUUCGCGCAGCAGUCCGAACGAAUCCCUCAGCCCAUCGCACCCGGCCACAUCUUGGCCGUGCGCAACAUCAACGUCCAAAUGUUUUCGGGCAAACCCCAGGGCGUGGGCAAGUCGGCGGGCGCAUGGAGCUGGGCCACCUACGAUCCCGUCUCGGGCGAUGUGCGCGCGUCAGAAAACUUUCCGCUCGCCUCGCAUGCGCCGCCCGAAUGCAGCGCCGACGAGAUGGACCACUUCCGCGACAUGGCCAACUGGUUCUCCGAGCUCCAGGGCGUCGAUGCCAACGCGGUCACUCGCUCCUCCCGCCCCACGCUGCUGCUCAAGGACCUGGCCGAGAACGUCUUCUUCGACACGGUCGUCGAGGUGCUCAAGGUCUACACCCACACCCUCGCCCCGGACCUCUACGUCACCGACUACACCAACCACACGCUCUUCUUCCGCGGCAACGACAAGUACCUCCGCACCGAAAGCACCAUCCCCUAUCCCGACGACACCGACGGCUGGGGCCACGUAUUCCAGAUCAGCCUCUGGGACAGCCAUGCCACCAUCGCAGAGGGCCUGCAAACCGGCGACAUUAUCCGCAUCCAAAACGUGCGUCCCAAGCUCAAUCCGCGUGGUCUACUCACGGGCGGUCUGGGCAGCAGCACCGACAGCGGCAUCAAGAUCCGCACGCUCAAGCCCACCGACGAGGCACGCAUCGCGCUGGAGCAGCGACGCGCGCGCUUCGUCGAAACGCUCUUUGCCGCCGAGGAGGAGGCCUUCGCCGAUCAAGCUGAGCGCAGGUUCGAAGCCGCUCCCGAGCCGCAGCGUCCGAUCGAGACCGAGCCAGCUUCGGAUGCGCCGAUUCCUCCAACUCGCCCCCCUGCUGGUGCCGUGCCCGAAGCAGCGGGUGUGCGCUCGGAACACACCGACAAGGCUGGGAAUGCAGCACCACAGCCAGACCAUCGGGGCGCUUCGGUGAUUGUGGGCAACAGUCCGUCUGGAGCGACUUCGUCACCCUUUCCCACGCCUGCACAGCGCCACACACGAGCGUUCCAUGAGAUCACACCUUCCAAGGGCAACGGUGGCGACAGGACUGCAGCGCUGGCAGCAAGCAGCAGCGCCAAUCGCGGUGUGGGCAGCCUCGCCGAGCUCGAGGCGCCCGAACUCAAGCCAGGCAUGCUCAUGGGUCCACCGGAGCUGAGCCUCGAGGUGCGUCGGCCGCUGAUCCGAUGCCAGGCGCCGGCUUCCAUCCCGCUCACGGCGUUGGCGGCGCUGCAGACGACCUCGCUGUGUCCGGGCAUGUACAAGGUGCGCGCGCGCAUCAUCUCGACCAAUCCGCCCAAGGUGGAGCAGUGGGCGCGCAUCGAGUGCAAGGCGUGCAAGCGGCUGCUGCCCGUUGACCAGCGCUUCUGCGUCAAAUGCGGCGAUGAGGAGGGCGAGUCGCUGGCGUACUGCCUGCGCUUUGCCGUCAUGCUGGAAGAGGUGGAUGUCGAGCUUGUGGCGCGCAAACAGCAGAGCCGUGAUGGGAGUGUGACCAAGGUGGCCAUUCCGGUGCUCUUCCAGGGCCGCAGCUCCCAGGUGCUGCUGCCGGGCGUGGAUGCAAAGACGCUCUACAACGGCGAGCGACAGAGCAUCCGCACGCUGCGAAGAUUCCACAACCGCCUCCUCCACCCAGCCCAGUACGGCAAGGAGCCCGAACAAACUCUGGCCGUCUACUCGUAUCCGUCCAAGGAGGCCGAUCGCACCGUGCGCCGAUUCGCCGCACUUAAGGAGCUCAAUGUCCUCCAUUCACCCAUGGAUCUCUUGUAA